UGGUUAGUUGCAGCGCUGUACUGGACUCCAACAGCUAGCUGGCUAGGGCGUUGCUAGCGGCAGAAAGUGGGAUUUUUGGUACCUUUCCGCAAGUUAUAUUCUCGUAAAAAAUAACGCCUUGCGUUGGGGAAAAAACACAGCAAUUGAUGUUCGCUAAAAGCCUUCACCUUCUCGGUGUGUUUUCUUCGUUUCAUCCAGCAGAGGACUGGUGUUAACUUUCUGUCCCGUUAGCUUGGCCACACAUAGCUAGAGAGCUAGCCUCUGCUAUCCAUCCAACGGGAAUAAACGGCUCAAGCCUGGAAACAUGGAGUCAAGGAGCGCUGCGCUGUGCUAACUAACACGACUUCAACUGGAUCUUUCUUUCACUCAAGGAGACUUUUUUCUGAAGGACAUAACACGGAGACAUAGUCAACAUUCAUGCCGUGUUGUUGUAUAUAUAUUUUCCCUCAUUGUUGUGAAGCAGUUUGCUUAGUUUGCACUCGAAACAAGAGUUUUUGUGCUGAAAGAUCUGUUUUGUUAGCUAGUAGCUGGAGAGAUUCAACAGCACAGUUUUCCGUGAGAAAGGGGUUUUUCUAAUCUAAUUUAAUCAACCAUCUGAUCCAGUUUAGUUGUGAAUCUGUUCGUCUUAACACCGGGUAUAACAUUAGCUGCAGUUGUGUUGCUAAUUUCUCUCUUCUGGUCACGGGAGAGUCGUCCACACACACACAGCCACAGACAACAGACAGACAACAGGCAUUUCUGGGAGCAGGGAGGAAUACCAACAAAUGGGACUGGAGGAAUUUCCAGCAUCUUCACGGAUCAUUUAGAGGAAAACCGAGGGAACCAUUCAGCCCAAACCAGGGUGGAGGUGGAGGCAGACGGACUACAUUGCAGGGCCAAGGUGUCUGGAUUAUUUUUGCACGGAAAACUGGGAUGUGAAUGCAAAAAGGAGUUCAUAUACAUGCACGACAAGUUGUGCCAGCUGACGCAGUAUAUUUAUUCUUGUUGCCAAAAUAUUGGGUGGGAUAUCAUUUGACUGCACAGCUAAUACGACAGAGGCCCUGAUUCUUUUUUUUUUUACUGUAGAUUCCUUGCUAUUAUUUUGGCAUAACAUAUAGGGCAGUAUUUUCCUCUAGUGUUUGUGGACUUGCCCUGCAGCAAUCUAUUUUCAACGCCAUCCUUUGCCUACUUCAGACUUAUGCCAGAGAAGGAAGCUCCAGAAAAUCGCCUCAUCACACUCUGGAAAAUGUUAAUCGGAUAUAAUUUGCUGCAAAUCUAGAACCGGAAGCCCAAUGAGUGACACACAGUCCAGCUUCACUGACAGGUUUCCCAAGAAAGCAAACAGAACCAGCAGCAUUCUCAGUAAAGACCACCCCCCGGACAAGAAACCCAAAAGUGACAAAACCUCACUUCCCUCCAAUGAGUUUGACCCUACAGAAGCUCUGGUGGUGCAGAAGAGUGGCAGCAGCAGUGUGCUAGCAGAGGGGAAGCCUGAGUCCUGUGGUCUGGUCCAGCGAUGUGUGAUCAUCCAGAAAGAUGAAAAUGGCUUUGGGCUCACUGUUAGCGGUGACAACCCAGUGUUUGUGCAGCUUGUCAAAGAAGAUGGGGCUGCUAUGCGAGCAGGUGUUCAGACAGGAGACAGGAUCAUCAAGGUUAACGGGACCCUUGUUACACAUUCUAAUCACAUUGAGGUGGUGAAGCUUAUCAAAUCGGGCUCCUAUGUGGCCCUCACAGUAUUGGGGCGUCCCCCAGGGCUCGCCCAGAUCCCUUUGUCUGAAGCAGAGUCUGAAAUGUUGGGCGUUAGCAUUUCCUCUCCAAACUCCCCAGCAGCAGAACGCCCCUACAGUCCUCUGGACCGCCUCUCCUCCACUCAAACACCAUGGGAUGAGAAUAGCAGUUUCUGCAACCAGAGGAUUGACAUGUUGCAAAGGAUGCUCUCAAAAGAGCAGCAGGAGCUGCAGGCCAUGAAGGAGGAGUACAGCAGGAACCCCUCCCCCAAACUACUGAAAGACAUCCAGGAAGCUAAGAAACACAUUCCUCAGCUGCAGGGUCAGCUCCUCAAGGCCACUGGGGCAACACAGGAGGCUGUUCCAGGUGGUGAUGCAAAUGAUGGUAGCAUGUUUGAGACGGAUCACACUCCCGCCUCUAAGGGAGACAACAGUACAGAUCUGUCCUGGAGCAGCACUCCUAUAUCUCGCUUUGGGCCUGGAUCUCCAGAGAGCCUUUACCCAAGAGAGUCAUCCUGCCCCAGCCCAAAGAACACACCCAGGAACAGCUUCAACUCCUGCCACUCUCCAGAGGCAGAGGAUGCCACUGACCUGGACUCUCUGUCCCCUACCACAGUCAGCAGUCCCUCUUCCUCCCGCCUCGUCUCGCAAAUCAUCGGAGCUGAGGACGACUAUUUUGAUUCAGACCAGGAGCAGACGAACGGCCAGUGUAACAACUUUAACAGUAUUGAGCAGCUCAAGUCUCGUCCCGCCCACCUCGCAGCCUUCCUUCACCACGUCAUCUCUCAGUUCGACCCUGCUCCUGUGCUGUGCUACCUCCAUGCUGACUUCUACAAGCAGACCAACUCCAAAGAGACCAGACGGGUGUUCAUGGACCUCCACACCUUCUUCAUUGACCGUGGAGCAAAUUUGAAAGUUGCUGUUCCUGAAUCCAUCUCUACUGAUCUCGACCGCCGGCGGACAGAACUGAUCCCAGAGGAAAUAAACAGACAACACGUUCAAACACUGCAGGACUCUCUGCUCCCCGACAUCCAGAAGAACCUUGAAGAUUUCAGGCAGAAGCGCAGUAUGGGCCUAACAGUGGCUGAAGUAGAGCUGUCCAGACUGGACCAAGAGAGAGUCAGGGACCGGGUCACUCUGGAGCGAGAGCGCUCGUAUGCUGAAAACAUCAUCACCAAAGUAGAGGACAUCCUGUUAACUACUCAGACCACAGAGGAAGAGAAAUGCACUACAAUGCAGUAUGUCAUCUAUACAUACAUGAAGCACCUUGGUGUGAGGGUCAAGGAACCUCGUAGUCUGGAGUCCAAACGGGUCAGGAUCAACUUUCUUCCCAAGAUCAAGAAAAGCAUCAAGACAGAAAAGGAAGGAGAAGAGAAGGUGAAGAAACCCAGAUUUCCCAGCAUCCUUGGACCUCAGCGUCGGCCCAGCCGUAUUGAAGCAGCAUCGGUGGGUAAAGCCUUGGAUGGUCGCCCCCGGCCACAGAAACAGUUGUCUCAGCCUACACUGGGGGCAAGUGAUCACAUGGAUUCUGGCCGUUUAAGAAGCAGCCAGUCGAGCGAGGGCUCUGAACUCACACACUCCAUGUCCCUCAACGCCUCGUCUCCAAACAGUGCCACCUAUUGCUCAGACAAUAGCCGAGACGCUGAUAUGGGUGGGACUCCGACCUUCGGCCCCUCCAGGCUGAGUGACGGCCUUCAGUCCGACCCUCUUGAUGGGUUGUCGUACCCUACUUCGCACUUUGACCUUUGCAGCCUGGACCAACUGCAAGAGGAUGACAGAGAAAGCGACAGAGCCCAUGACGGAACACCAAAGGCCAUAAGAAGGCUUGACGGACUGGGUGCGUCUGACGUUCAGAGUGAGGACGACCAGGGAACAGACUCUGAGCAUGACCCUCCGAACUGGCAGCAGCUGGUGGGGCGAGAGAUCCUAGCGGGUCUCAGGCCUCAGGAAAUCAAGAGACAGGAAGUCAUCAACGAGCUGUUUUAUACAGAGCGUGCACAUGUCAGGAUGCUGAGAGUUUUGGACCAUGUUUUCUACCAGAAGCUCUCCAAAGAGGCCAUCCUGCCUCCUGCCGACAUCAAGAACAUCUUCACCAACCUGGACGAGAUUCUACUGCUGCAUGUUUCAAUACUGGAGCAAAUGGCAGCCGUUCGGAAGAGAAAUGAGUCUUCGGUAAUUGAUCAGAUAGGAGACGACUUGCUCUCCUGGUUCGGCGGCGGAGAGGAGGAGAAGAUCAAGAAGGCGGUGGGGACGUUCUGCAGCAACCAGCCGUUUGCUCUGGAGAUCAUCAAGACAAAGCAGAAGAAAGACUCGCGGUUUACUUCGUUGGUCCAGGAGGCAGAGAGUAACAGACUGUGUCGCCGACUGCAGCUUAAGGACAUCAUUCCUGUGGAGAUGCAGCGGCUCACCAAGUACCCCCUGCUACUAGACAACAUCGCCAAGUACACAGACAACGUAGCGGAGAAGGACAAAGUGAAGCAGGCAACAGAGUGCUGUAGAAAGAUCCUCAAUCACGUCAACCAGGCUGUGAAGGAAUCCGAGGACAAGCAGAGGUUGGAGGACUAUCAGAGAAGAUUGGACCUCUCCUCUCUAAAGCAGACAGACAACCCCAUGAUCCUGGAGCUAAAGAAUUUGGAUUUAACCAAGAGAACGAUGGUGCAUGAGGGACCACUGUCAUGGAAAGUGAACAAGGACAAGACUAUCGAGUUGUACACACUCCUCCUGCAGGACAUCCUGGUUCUGCUACAGAAACAAGAUGAGCGUCUCAUCCUGAAGUGUCACAGUAAAAACCUGACAGGCCCCGCAGAUACCAAAAGUAUCUUCAGCCCCAUCAUUAAACUCAACACUGUGCUGGUGCGCUCUGUGGCCACAGACAACAAGUCCUUCUUCGUCCUAUCCAUGUCAGACAACGGAGCCCAGAUCUAUGAGCUGAUGGCGCCCACGGUCUCAGAUCAGAAAACGUGGCAGCGUCUAAUCACCCAGAGAGCUGAUGCCAUGAAAGUCAAACCUCACAGCGUCAUACCAUUACCUCAGACUGAUGGGGAGAGAGACGGUGUGGAGAUCAUUACAACGGGUGUUUCCAGGCUGAGUCGAGACCCAGACCGCACGUCCACCGGCAGCACCCAGUCUACAGAUAAAGAGAGCAGUCCAGCCCCUAGAGGUGUGAUGCAGAGCUCUCUACCAGGUAGUAAUCCAUUUGAGGGAGUAAAGGCAGAGGAAGAGGAGGAGGAGGAGGAAGGUUUUGUGGACCCAGAGCUUCCUUACCAAGUGGCUGAAGAUGGCAAAGAGGGAGACUCGUUUAACAUGUUUCCCUCCAGAGCAGACGAAGCACUGAAAACAUUGGCAGCAUUAAAGCAGGUGUUGGUGACCCAGCUGAUGUCCCAGGAGGCUGUAGAGCAAACCAAACGCUCCACGGGGGCACGUCUCCUCAGGACCACGUCUCUGCGGACCCCCGUGGACAGCCGCGCACGGGUGAUGGUCCACAAUGGCUCGGAGAAGAACAGCUCCCAGACAGAGGACCCGACUCAGGACCUGGGCUCCGGGGACACGGGCUUCUUUGAUUCUCCUGAAGAUUAUGCAGGGUAUUUAGUCCUGGAGGGUUACGGCGGCCCCGGGGAGAGCAGCACAGACGACGACAUCUUGGCAUCGACCACAGGGAAGCAGCUGAGAACCUCGCAAGGCUGCGCCGCCGACUCCGGUAUCAACUUGAGGUUUUCUUCAACGUCACAGGCCGGCAGCCUCUCCUCUUUUAGCAGACAGGUGUUGUCUCACCUUAGAAACCUUCAGGCCAACCUCAACUAUCUGAAGGAGGUUGAGGCCAAGUACAAUAAUCUAAUACGCCAAAGGCCAGAGAGGUCAUCAGCAGACGCAGAUGGAAACAAAGAUAAGAGAUAGUGGAAGUCUGUACUGCAGCUUUUGGCUCUGGUCCCAAAGAGGAAGUACCGACUUUGUAGUCUGUUCCUACGUCUUGUGUCCUGGACUUUCUGGACAUCCUAUAAGCUUGUCCUCUCACUGCUGAGCCCCCUUUUUUUUCCAUCAACCGUCGCCCAACGGAUGCCACAGAGAACGAGAGACUUGAGUGUGAGCAGGAAACGUUUGAAGGGUGGAGUCAUCAUCGUUGUGAUGCCGCGCCCCCCCCCCACCAAGCCCCCUACCUCCCACCCCCCUCCUCCGUCAGCACAAGGCAAUCAGGGAAGUGGGAUUGCCCCCAAAAAAACCUCACCCCCCUCUACCGUAUAACACCCAUUUCCCCCGGACCUCCCUGCAAGAAAGAGAACUUAUACCAAAAUGUACAAAGAUGUGUGUUUAGAAUAUAUAUAUAUGAAACACAAAACAAGAAAAGGAAAAUUUUAAGAUAAUGUAUUAAGAUUUUUUUUAUCCCAAGAUGUAUUUAUUUUCUUUCUUUUCUUUUCGUUUUUUUUUUUUUCGUUUUUUUUUUUUUUUUAAAGUGUUUCCCACAUUGCUUGCAUGCUUUUGGCCAUGGUGUUACCUUUUUUGGCUGCUUUUCCUGCUUCAGUCAUACAGGGUUAGUGUGAGUGUUGGGUGCACGCUAGCAUUACAAAGCACGCUAGCCUAGCGAACCCUGAUGCAGGAAUAUAUUCAGACUGAUAGAGGCCAGAGUUGCGCUGGUGAUGGAUAGAUCCCAUUGUGUUAAAAGAAACUCUUGAAUCGUGUUACUAGAAUUUCAGAUAAAUUCUAGGUGUGGUGUUAACUAGAAUGAAGAGUCUCAAGGCUCUGAUCUGGUCCUGUUGCAUUAUCGUGCUGCCUCCUUCUUCCUCACUGUGAGUGGUAUUUUUGCCUCUCGUCUGCUCCUCUUCUUCCUUUGCGUGUGACUCUCCCCCCCCCCCGUCUUUUCCCUGUGAACACUUAUGGGUGUCAUCCUUCUCCUCUUCCUCACAUCCCCAGUGUCUUUCAUGCUUAUUUAUCCCCCUCCCACAUUCUAUAUGUCAUGCUUCCUCAUCUGCAUCUGGGUAUCUUGCCCCGUUUCCCCCCUUCCUCUUCUACAAGGAUGCUCUUUUCUGUAUCAGCUCCUGACAGAAAACGCUGCUUCUUUCCGCUACUGUUGGCGAUUGCUGAUCCGACUGCCUGAUAUUCUAAUGUCAUGAAGUUCAACAUAUGUACAAUGAUCAAGUUGGAAGGUUAUGCAUAAGUUUAAUAAAUAAAUGGUGCCAUGACACAUUCAAAAAGGAAAAA